CAUGAGAAAUAGCCGGCAUUUUCCGAGAGCGUGCAUUCUCGAAUCUCGUGUUGUUCAAGAUACAACUCCGUCACUUGUUGAAAGAGAGCCUUUUUUGACAUUUAAACGUCAAAUAAUAAAAUUAACUCAAGCAAAAAUGGAAGAAGAAGCCGAAACCUUCGCUUUUCAAGCCGAAAUUGCUCAAUUAAUGAGCUUAAUUAUCAACACUUUCUAUUCCAACAAGGAAAUUUUUUUGAGAGAAUUAAUUUCCAAUUCGUCCGAUGCUUUGGACAAGAUAAGAUAUGAAAGUCUUACUGAUCCUUCAAGGCUGGACAGCGGAAAAGACUUGUACAUCAAAAUUACACCCGACAAAGCCAACAACACUUUGACAAUUAUGGACACUGGUAUUGGUAUGACUAAAGCAGAUUUGGUCAACAAUUUGGGUACCAUUGCAAAGUCAGGAACCAAAGCAUUCAUGGAAGCCCUUCAGGCUGGAGCUGACAUCUCCAUGAUUGGUCAAUUUGGUGUAGGCUUUUACUCCGCUUACCUUAUAGCCGACAGAGUUGAAGUUAUUACCAAGAACAAUGAUGAUGAACAAUACUUGUGGGAAUCUUCAGCCGGAGGAUCUUUCACUGUACGAUCAGACAAUUCUGAAAUGCCUGGAAGAGGAACAAAAAUCAUUUUGCACAUUAAGGAAGAUCAAACUGAAUACUUAGAUGAAAAAAGAAUCAAAGACGUUGUGAAGAAACACUCACAAUUUAUCGGUUAUCCAAUCCGUCUUUUGGUGGAAAAAGAAAGAGAGAAGGAGAUUAGUGACGAUGAGGAAGAAGACGAAAAGAAAGAAGAUAAUAACGAAGAAGAAAAGCCGAAAAUCGAGGACGUGGAAGAUGAUGAGGAAGAAAAAGAUAAGGGCAAGAAGAAGAAAAAGAUCAAGGAAAAGUACACUGAAGACGAGGAGCUCAACAAAACUAAACCAUUAUGGACCCGUAACCCAGACGAUAUUUCUCAAGCUGAAUACGGUGAAUUCUAUAAAUCACUGUCCAAUGAUUGGGAAGAUCAUCUUGCUGUUAAACAUUUUUCUGUCGAAGGGCAACUGGAAUUUAGAGCUUUGCUCUUUGUUCCUAAACGUGCUCCUUUUGACAUGUUCGAAAGCAAGAAGAAACGCAACAAUAUUAAAUUGUAUGUUAGAAGAGUUUUCAUAAUGGACAACUGUGAGGAGUUGAUCCCCGAGUUUUUGGGCUUUGUUAAGGGAGUAGUGGACUCUGAAGAUUUACCACUUAAUAUCUCCAGAGAAAUGCUCCAACAAUCCAAAAUCCUUAAAGUCAUCAGAAAGAAUUUAGUCAAAAAAUGUCUCGAAUUGUUCGAUGAUAUCGCAGAAGACAAAGAUAAUUAUAAAAAAUUCUACGAGCAAUUUGCCAAGAAUUUGAAAUUGGGCAUCCAUGAAGAUAGUACCAAUAGAAAAAAAUUAGCUGAAUUCCUACGUUAUCAUACAUCGUCAUCUGGUGACGAAAUGUCAUCUCUAAAGGAAUAUGUCUCUAGAAUGAAAGAAAAUCAAAAAGAUAUCUAUUACAUAACUGGAGAAUCUAGAGACUCUGUCGAAAAUUCAGCUUUUGUUGAGAGAGUAAAGAAACGAGGUUUUGAGGUUCUCUACAUGAUUGAUCCUAUCGAUGAAUAUGCCACUCAACAACUGAAGGAAUAUGAUGGAAAGAAAUUGGUAUGCGUUACUAAAGAAGGCUUAGAGCUUCCAGAAGAUGAGGAUGAAAAAAAGAAAUUUGAAGAGCAAAAAGCUCAAUUCGAAGAACUGUGCAAAGUAAUGAAAGAUGCUUUAGACAAAAAAGUCGAAAAAGUCGUUGUAUCCAACAGACUUGUGUCAUCUCCAUGCUGUAUCGUUACAUCACAAUACGGUUGGUCCGCUAAUAUGGAGCGUAUCAUGAAGGCUCAAGCUCUACGCGAUACCAGUACUAUGGGAUAUAUGGCAGCAAAGAAACAUUUGGAAAUCAAUCCAGAACAUAGUAUCAUGAAAACUCUAAAAGCCAGAGUAGAAGCUGACAAGAAUGACAAGUCAGUUAAGGAUCUUGUGUUGCUUUUGUUUGAAACUUCUCUGCUAUCGUCUGGAUUCUCUUUGGAAGAUCCUCAGACUCAUUCGAACAGAAUCCACCGCAUGGUGAAACUUGGUUUAGGUAUUGAUGAAGAAGAUGAAGUAGUAGCUGAUGCAGCAGCUCCGGAAGAGAUGCCAAAACUCGAAGACGAGGACGAUGAUGCAUCUAAGAUGGAAGAAGUCGACUAA